UGAAGAUUAAGAGGCACUUGAAUGUGCACGGCACUGCCACCUUAUCGGGAUAUCUGGCAUCCGUGCUUAUAAGAUGGCAGCCUGGAUGGCACUCAUCCGACGACUCACGUGCUCAUUAAUCUAGGUUUCGUUUCCGUGUCUUCCUACUUCUUAAUACUGAAGAGGCUUAUCUCUGUCUGCUUUAAGAAGACCUGUGGUUUUGUUUAGAAUGUCCAGACCUGUUGACAUGGAACUGAGAAAGGCAUUUGUAGAGCUCCAGCACAAGAUGAUAGAGACCUCACAGAAGCUGCGAUUGGCAGACAUCCAGAUUGAGCAAUUGAAAGGUGUCAUCACUCAUUCGCAACUCACCGAAAGAGAAAUUAAGAGCCUUCCAGGGGAGACGAAGAUGUACCAAAGCCUGGGGAGAAUGUUCGUGCUCUCUGAUCGAGGGACAAUUGAGUCACAGCUCCAGAACAAAGUCAAAGCUGUGGAAGAAAAGAUUGGCACUUUGCAGAACCAGAAGUCAUACCUGGAGACAAGCCUGAAGGAGGCAGAGAACAACCUGAGGGAGAUGGUACAGCAGAAACGAAGCUCCUGAUUCUCAUUUUCAUCUUGCCUCCUUGAAGAAAUUCUCAGAACUUCGUCAUCUCUAACUCGUGCUGAUUGUAUUGCGUUAUCUCGCAGUGAUGUCAUGAUGGUCAUGGAGUGAAUGAUGGAUAAAGGGUGUGUGGAUUUUCAUGAGAUCCUUCAUAACCAGGAAGCAUCACAUCCUCUGCUAACUUGGAAGUUGUUCUAUGGUGGAAGGUAGCCGUAGAAUACAUUCUCUUGGAAGUGAGGAAGGCUAGCACCUUCCAAUGAUUGCUUCUCAUCCAGGUGCUCAUACAUACAUAUGGCAUGAAUUCUCUAUCUCACCUAAGUUGAGAUAGAGAGUGGAGUCAAGCAGGGUUGCCCCUGCUCUGUGAUGAGGAUCAGAAUGUUGGGCAGCUGAGUCUAUUUUCAUUUUGUGUCCCUCCUCCCCCAGGUUGAACUUAGAUGCACUCAAACCCCCCCUUCCAUAGACAAUUAAAGAAACAAUGCAUAUCAUGCUGAAUGUGAGGGCU